AUGAGUCUUACUCGUAAACUCUGUCUUCAUACUGACCCCAACACAGGCGUCAAGUGCAACUUCUUUCAUUGGCUAGCGGGCUCUCGAACACCCUCACUAUCACCCCAUCUCGCCUCAACCAGUCAGCUGCCUGCCGUUGAUCAACCUGUGCUCCUGACGUCUAUCUCUGAUGCAGCGGGUGCACCGCCAGCUUCGCAAAAGCAAUCUUGCAUCACCAUGGGUUGCUCUUCAACCCGAAUUCGCAAAGGCUGUGGCCGACGAAUGUGCAAGGCACAUUGUCUCGAAGCAGGUGGUUGUGCUAACCCAGCCCACAAAGCAUCACAAUCAACAACGGCUCCCUACACGGUCGCAGUACCGCCCCCACCAACUCCUGUCUUUCCAGUACACAUGAAUCCCAUUGGGGUGCCGCGCUCGACCCCUGCAGGCUUUAUUGAACCCAACCCACCCCAAGGUCCUCUCAAUGGCGCCGCUUCUUCAUCAUGCGUUCCAAGGAAUGCCCGUACAGAACCCGCAUUUGCCUCCCACAUGACUGAGCUUUACACAGCACAAAUGGCUCGCGAGGAACAGAUGACAGAAGAUAGGCGUCAGGUUGAAGCUACAAGAUGGGAGAGUAAACGGAAGGUCCAGCAAACAGCUUUCGUUUACGCACGGAUGGAGGAUGGUGUCACCCCAGUUCCUUUCGAGGUCCAAGAAGGCUUCGUCUGGCCUCAUUUCAUCCUGAACAAGGCUGUCCUUGAGUUGGCAGGUUUUGUAGAUAUUGCUGCCGACACACGCUUCAACAUCUUCCGCUUCAACCUUGGUCACUGGACCUUGGUGAAACUCAAUCACGUCGUUGAGCUCAAGGAUACCCCUCACAUUUUCAUCAAGGCCACCACUGUCCAACGCUGCCAUGAUUUUGAGGUGUUUCGUGCCACUACGUCGUCAUCAGCCACAAGUCCAAACAUCUGCACCAACCUUGCUGGCGAACGGGCGUAUGUGAGAAAGAAAACGGUCGAAUUCGAACUUUCUCAAGCGUCGAGGGCUUCGUCUGUCAAGAACAAGCACAAUCUAUCACCUGACCACCUUUUUUCUACGCCUAAGCGGCUGCGUUACCUACCCGAUGAUUCUCCUACACCUACCCUGGCAAGAUAUUGCCCUCCCGUUUCCCGGAAGUUUGUUGGAAAGGCUGGUCUUGGCGCGACUCGUGUUGUCAAGAAAUCGGCGGCUGCAAAGGAAAGAGAGUUGAUAGAAUCCUACGAGAGUGAUUCGGGACUUGAGCUGACCGACCUUGAUCUGACCAAGCCCUUUCUGCUCCGUAACUCCUCUGGAGUGGCGUCUACAUCCCAAUCCACCUCUUCCUCAGUUGCCCCUGCCUCAACUGUGGCUCGUUCCAUCAUGCCUGCUUCCACCGCCCACACCUAG